UGACGUAGCACGCGCCAAGCCAGCCCGGAUGACUGGAGCGAAGGCCGCCUAACACAGAAGGUGGACAAGUCUUAAUAAGCGGCUUCUUCGAGGUGUAGGCAACUGGGCAUGGGCCUCCCCAGGCUUCGCCAUGAGCUUCCUGAUCGACUCCAGCAUCAUGAUCACCUCCCAGAUACUGUUUUUUGGAUUCGGAUGGCUUUUCUUCAUGCGCCAGUUGUUUAAGGACUAUGAGGUGCGUCAGUAUGUGGUGCAGGUGAUCUUCUCUGUGACCUUUGCGUUUUCGUGCACCAUGUUUGAGCUUAUCAUCUUUGAAAUCUUGGGAGUUCUGAACAGCAGCUCCCGUUACUUUCACUGGAAAAUGAACCUGUGUGUCAUUCUGCUCAUCCUGGUUUUCAUGGUGCCUUUCUACAUUGGUUAUUUUAUCGUGAGUAACAUCCAACUGUUGCACAAACAGCGCCUGCUCUUCUCCUGUCUCUUAUGGCUGACCUUUAUGUACUUCUUCUGGAAGCUGGGAGAUCCGUUCCCCAUACUCAGCCCAAAGCAUGGGAUCUUGUCUAUAGAGCAGCUCAUCAGCCGCGUAGGCGUGAUUGGGGUGACGCUCAUGGCUCUGCUUUCCGGAUUCGGUGCUGUCAACUGCCCGUACACAUACAUGUCCUACUUCCUCAGGAAUGUGACUGACACAGAUAUCAUCGCCCUGGAACGGCGACUGCUGCAGACCAUGGACAUGAUCAUAAGCAAAAAGAAAAGAAUGGCCGUGGCACGAAGAACAAUGUUCCAGAGGGGGGAUGUGCAGAACAAGCCGUCGGGACUCUGGGGCAUGCUGAAGAGUGUUACUGCCUCAGCCCCAGGGAGUGAAAAUCUGACUCUUAUCCAACAGGAAGUAGAUGCUUUGGAAGAACUGAGCAGGCAGCUUUUUCUGGAAACAGCUGAUCUGUAUGCUACAAAGGAAAGAAUUGAAUACUCCAAAACAUUCAAGGGAAAGUAUUUUAAUUUCCUGGGUUACUUUUUCUCUAUUUACUGUGUCUGGAAAAUUUUUAUGGCGACCAUCAAUAUUGUUCUUGAUCGAGUUGGGAAAACUGACCCUGUCACCAGAGGCAUCGAGAUCACUGUGAAUUAUCUGGGAAUCCAGUUCGACGUGAAGUUCUGGUCUCAACACAUUUCCUUCAUUCUGGUUGGAAUAAUCAUUGUCACAUCCAUCAGAGGACUGCUGAUCACGCUUACCAAGUUCUUUUAUGCCAUCUCCAGCAGUAAGUCCUCCAAUGUCAUCGUCCUGCUGUUAGCGCAGAUAAUGGGUAUGUACUUCGUGUCCUCUGUACUGCUGAUCCGAAUGAGCAUGCCCCCAGAAUACCGCACCAUCAUCACAGAAGUCCUUGGGGAGCUUCAGUUUAACUUCUACCACCGUUGGUUUGAUGUCAUCUUCCUGGUCAGCGCCCUCUCCAGCAUACUCUUCCUCUAUCUGGCUCACAAGCAGGCGCCAGAGAAGCAUAUGGCCCCCUGAACUCAGACCCAUGCUGACUGCAGGAAGAGACACAUUUGGGAUACCAGAGCCUACUGCUCUUUAAACAGGCAUUGCUGGGAGGUCUUUUCUGCCUCAGGCACAUGCCUACUUCCUCCUGAGAUACUGGAGUCAUGAGUAGCUUCAACUAAGGCGCAAUAAGAAGAAAACUUAGCAUUCAGCAGGGAGCAACGGAUGGAUCUGAGGCUGUUCAGUGAAGAGGAGCGGGCCAGGGCAGAGGAUACCCCGGAGCUCCUGAGUAGAUGGCCUCCCUCGAAAAUACUAGUAAAAUCCGUUUGUAACACUUUGGCCUUGGGGUCACUAAUCCAGCACAGCUUGGUGUUAUGCUAUUGUGGUCUAACGUGAAAUGCUUCUCUCUUCCUCACCCAACUUUACCCCGUAAAAAUAACCAAAAGAUUGUUCUUUUCCGAGAAAGGGAUGAUAGGCAACAGAUAGAUUUUACCAAAUGGAUUUUAGGUUUACCAAUUUUUAUUUCCUUUUAAAUUAGAGAAGAGUGAGUGCCCAUGCUGAUCCAGCAGCAGGCUUGCUUAGGUUGGCUUUCAUAAGCUCUCUGCCAAUAAAAGGAAGGUAUUGAGAUUUUUUUUAAUACUCAAAUGUAACAUAAGAAAAUGCUGAAGUAUAUGUCCUGGAAGCUUCCAUUUAUUACUAAGGCCAUAGUGUGUAUUUUGCCAUGUUUUGGGCUUCUGGAAGCAAAUGAGAAAGCAUGAAAUGUUUUUAUUGAACAAAGACACUGUUCAGAUUCUAUUAGCCAACAGGGAAGCUGCAAGCAACUCAAAAGCACUUAACAAUGCUGCUUAGCCACAGCAUUGCCACAAAAGCACACUGUGGAGCAGAUUCUUGAUUCUUUAAUUAGCGGCGCUCACACAGACACAAUCAUCCCCAGUGCUCAAGCCUACAGAAGUAAGAGGUUCAUCAACAGAAGUGAAAGUUGCACUUUGGAAGAUACCACAUAGAAAGAACCUGAACCUAGUCCCUCCUCCAGCUAGGUGGAGCUUAAAUAAGCAACCUGCAGUAGCAGCCCUUACAACAGACAGUCUCUGGGGACAGAUGGUCCAGAGGAGGUUGACAGGGUCAACAGAGGUCCUUCCUUGGAGAGGCAGUUCCUGGACCCUCAAGAUGAAGCAUCAGUUGUUCUCUUCACAUCUCCGUGUCUUCAGAGUUGGAAGAAGAGUGUGAGGCUGUGCUGAGAGUCUGUGUAAAGGAAAAAAAAAAAAGAGUUUACCAAAGCAGGAGAGAGCAAGGCUGAUCUAGAGCUGGCAUGCUUUAAGUCAGGGAGAGCUGUGCACCUCUAGAAGAUGUGAUCUGAAUCUUCAUUUGACUUGUUUCCAGAUUACUGUUUAACACAAACAAGUUUCUCAUUGUCUGUGUAUAUAUGCCAACAUGCACAUAGACAAUCAGUCUUCUCUAAGACAACAUUGGUACUAUAAUUGGCAUGGCCUAUCAGUAGAAGUAAAUACAAUGGAAAACUAUAAUGAGACUUUCAUCGGAGGCCUGACUCCUAUAAAUGUCUUUCUGUGAACUUGGAUGUCAGUUCACUUUUGAAAUUCAUGUUUAUCUCUGAAUAGAAAAUUGACCAGAAAAAAUUCUUCUGACGAUAAUUGUAAUUCCUGCCACUUACUAAACAUGGAGCCUAACCCUCUCUCUGUUUUGACUCACUGUGAGCCAGGCACAGUUCAAACACUUGUGUUCUGAGAACAACUGUACACAUUAUCCAUGUUUUCUAAGUCGGAAAGCUCGAGCACAGAGCCAGGAACUGGUCCUACAUAAUCGAAGCAGGUUCUUUGGUGGGCCCCAUGAUUUUCAUAGACUGAUUUCACUUACUGAUUGCCAACUGCAUGCUAAAAAAAUAAUGACACACACUACAUCCCUGGCACUCAGGAGGCUGAGACAAGAGAAUUGCAAGUUCUAGACCAGCCUGGGCUUCACAGUGAGGCCAUGUUUCUAAGAAGACAAUAACUUUCUCCUCAUACUACCUCCUCUUUCACAAAACCCUGGCAGGUGGCCACCCUGUGUCACUGUGGGGACCACCCCAGGGAAGCAGGGUCACCAAGCAUGGCCACCACUCACUCGUUCUUUUGCUGGGUGGCAGUCAUGCCCGGACUCUGCUGAAGUCUCUCCUUUUUCAUCAUGGCCAGCCACCAGGGGGUCGGCCAUGGAAGAAACGAUGGGGAUUUUCUUGGCUUGGAAGUAGCUGUAGGCCAUCUUUCCACAGACCAACAGAGUGACCUGCUCCCUGCUGCUCUUGAUUCUCUCCACCACUCUGUCAUAGGGUUCAUCUUGCACAUUCUCCCCAUUCACUUCGAUGAUGAUGUCCUCAUUCUCCAGCCCAGCCUUGUCAGCGGGGCCACCCUGCUGUACCUAUGAACAGAAGUCCCGAGUGUCAGUUCCAAACAUGGAGGAACGUGUGCCAGGCAGCUUCCCUCCUGAAGAGCCUCAAUACUUGUUAACCACAUCUCUCUCCUUGAUGGGCUGCACAUCCUGAACUCCACUGGACUCAGCCACACUGGCAAAGCACCAUACUGAACAUCUGCUGGGCUGAAGGCAUCAGGCCCCCAUCUUAGGAUCCCAACUUGGAAGCUGCAGGGCGAUCUCCCUGCUCUUCCCUACAGGGCACAGCCACGGAGCACACCUACAGCAGUGACAAGGAGCGCUCUCGGAGGCUACAAUGGUGGCUUGCACUGAAAAUCCCAUCCUAGCUGGCUGUGUUUGCCGAGCCUGCUAGAACUAGUUACCAUACCUCCUUGACAAAGGAGCCCGGCUGACCCCGAAUGGCAUUCAGGUGAAAGCCGUAGCUGUCGUCCUCUUUAAUCAGCCUGCAGAGCUUGGGUUUAUGAUCCUCCACAUCCUCUGUAGUGUCUGAGCCUGUGGCCUCCAGAGGAGCCGGGAUGGGAGCUGGGGCUUCCUUGACAGAACCAUUAGGCAGUUCUUGACUUUGGCAGUAAAGAAGUGGAGAGAACCGAGCCUUUAAAAUAAAGGGGAAAAAUACCCAUCUGAGCAACUACACUUCAUUGAAUGUCACGGCUUAAUACAUGGGGUAGCAUCCAUGUAUGCUCCUCCUCAGACAUGAGCCAGAGAAGGCAGAAGCAUGUACACAGACACACACAUGUGCAGAGCAUAGAAACAGUACAGUUCGGCACCAGAGCCCGGAGCUAGCUAACAGCAUUACACACUUAUCUCCACCAAAGCAGGCAAAUCACUCAACAUUGGCGACACUCCCCUCUAGGGAGACACCUUUGAGAGGCCCUGUUCUCCCUGUCUUCAAGCAUGUUAGAGAAACUAAAGGACAAAACAUUUUUGUGACAAAUUUUUUGAGGAUCAACUCCACACACUGAUAAUGGGAGAGGUGCCCACACGGCAGCAAAGGCGAAUGCUGGCUCCCAGGGCUGCUGCUUAUUGUAAUGAGCUCAGCAUCUCUCCCGCCCAACUUCCUCCUGUCUGUAAGUAUGCCAGGGCCGUAAAGGAGGCAAUGACGGCCGUGAACAGAGACAGAACUCGAGGCUUAACUGGUUUGUUUGUUUGUUAUUCUUAUGCCUGUGCAUGCACACCCUGCUGUCUGUCUGUCCUGGUGUCCUCCUCCAGCAGUUUCCUACCACCCCUUGAGCAGUUGCCCCAGGCACACCUUCUCACUCUUGAGACAAGUCUGUGUGGCCUAAAGCUUGCCCAUGCAGUACUGUAGCCUGUCCUGCCAAGCGUGCCCCACCCCCAGCCCCCAGUGUUGCCACUACAGUUCUGUGGCCCCAUGCUCAGCAUCUCAGCACGCGUCCUGGGAUUAGACCUAAAGUGCCUGCCUCGGUUACGAUAAAUCCACAUCCCUAAUUUUUUUUUUAUUUUAUUUUAAUAGAGUUAACUGGUUGAGGAUUUUGCUUGAGUUAGGGGCUAGAUUUGGAUACAGGUAUCCAGGGCACUUGUUAGAAAACAAGACAUUCAGCAGCGAGGGAGAAACAUGGUCCACCUGCACUAUAACAGCUAAUCAGAAAUGAGACCUGAGGUUCUCCUGCCUGCCUGCCUCCUCCCUGCCUUCUUCCCUACCUGCCUGCCUGCCUGCCCGCCUGCCCGCCUGCCCUCAACACAACCCAUACUCAGGCCCCCACACAGCCCUCAGUGCUGUCUUUACAAAUGCUGCACAGGGGAUUGGGGGGGUGGGGCUCAACUAUAGAGCGGCCCUAGGAGUCAUUUACUCACCACAGCCCUCAUGACUCCCGGCAGACUUAGCAGCUGUGGCUGCCUGGGAUAAACUGCUGGUGUCAAAGCACACAAGCAUGAAAGAAGAACCAGGGUGGCUUUUAAUCCAACCUUUUGAGUACUCAGUCUAGCCUGCCAUGAAUCUAGCCCAUCAGGAACUAUAGAGGUAUUUUCCUUAUUAGCUGCUGUAUCUCAGAGAUCCACCCCACUCCAGCCUUGAAGUUAACUGAAACAGGGAAAAUACACUUACAUCAUUCUAGGACUAUUCUAUCAUAGAUUGUAUUUUCAGGAAUUACAACAAAACCUUCAUUGCCAGCAUCAGCUUACAACAUCAAAACUGGCUUGCAGAAGUCAGUUGCCCCAUUUCUAACAGCUACAGUUGUUCUUAAGCCAAAAUUAGCCCUCUCUAGCUUAAGUCAUGGGAACAACCUUUCCAGCUAUUUUCUUUCUUUUAAAAACAAACAGGUGUAUUCAGGCUACACAGUAAUGAGUCCUUGCUGCCUGCCAGCCUUUCACAUUCUCAAGGCUGUCCCUUUCCUCUAAAGCCUUCCUUGCUUCAAGGUAACACCUAGCUGUCUUUCCCAAGCCCACUGACAUCACCUUUUUGGUCACUAGACUAGUCACAGCAGGUUCUCAAGACUACUGGACAAUAUGAAUUCAGUGAGCAUACAUGUGGGACACCCAGAUGCUCUAAAUAGUUCAUUUAGUCCGCCCACGACCCUUCAUACUACCUUACAGCCAAGGGAGUAGGGGCUCAGGACAGCUUGCCCACCAUUCAUUACCAGUACUUCCAAGGCUGGUCUGACUGACUCAGUGCAGUGAGCCAGUUAUAUAACUUUAAAUUUUUUUCUCAGGGGGGAGGAGGGGAUGGGACAACUUUUGGAUUAUCAGAUAUGCUCCCAGCAUUUCCUAUUCCUAUUUAUUUUCAAGUUAGAAUGGUAUUUUAAGAGCAUCCAUAUUUCAUUUUGGUUUUUAUUCUUCCUAAUCUGAUUUGGAAGGUGUGUGUUCAUGUGUGUACAAGUACACACAUGUAUGCAGAAGACAACCUUGGGUGUCAUUCCUCAGGUGUCCUUCCACCUUUGCCUUUUCUAUGACGGCCCCCUCAUUGAUCUGGUACUCCCCCACUAGGCUACUGGCCAGCCACUGGGCCCCAGGAGCCCUCCUGUCCCCAUCUCUCCAGCACUAGGAUGACCAGCACACACCACCACAGCUGGCUUUGCUACAGAGGUGUUGGGGAUCAAACUCAAAUCCUCAUACAAGGCAAGCACUCCACCAACUGAGCUAUUGCCCCAGGCCCUGGCUAGAUAUUUUGACUAUUAAUUGCAUUGUCCUGUCAGUUAUUCAUCAUUCCUUUAAAUCCUCUGAAAAUACAUUAGAUGUGUAUACCAUUUCUCCCUUCCAAGGUAAUAAACCAGGAUAGGAACAAUAAUGUGUGUGUGUGUGUAUGUUUGUGUAUAUGUCCAUGUGUAUGAUUAGAGAGACCUCUGUUCAGGUUAACAUCCCAAUACCAAAGAUUCUUUAGAUAUAUAUGGUUGUUUAACUAGCUAACAAAUAUAUUCUCUUUUUUUCUUUCCAAUUAGUUCUUUAAUCUUAUUUACAAAAGCAUCUUGAAAUCAAGAUUUUUGGAGAAAAUAUAUGGUCAGAUGAAAUGACUCUGAGAACUUGAGUUCCGAUACUGAUUUGGGUAUCUGCUAACCUGGGUGCCUCCAUAAGUCAUCGGGUGUCUAACUGUGGUCUUGGAACUAUUAGAAGAGGCCAGUGUCACCACCCAUACUCUGGCCCCCUCUGCCAUGCCCCUGGGGUGCCUCUGUUACUGUGGGGUACAUAGAAGACUGUCAUCUGUCCAUCCCUGUGGCCAACAUCCAGCAAGGCAGAUGGUACUUUGACACCCAGACAUCUGUUAAACUGGACUGAACCCCAGUUCUCAUGAUAAAAUAUAAAACCUUAAUGUUGGGACUGGAGACACUCAGUGGCUAAGGCACAUACAUGACACUCUUGAAAAGGUCCCAGAUUCAGUUUCCAGCACCCACAUCAGUUCACAGAUGCCUGUCACUCCGGCUCCAAGGGACACCCUCUUCUGGACUCUGUGGGCACCUGCUCUCAUGAACACUUACCCACACACAACCACACAUACAUAAUUUUAAAUAAUCAAAAUAAAGAGUUAAGAGGGGGUAAGGUUCUUCAUCAGCUUGCUCUUGGUGAACCUGUUUCCACUGUAUUUACUGAGGACAAUGUGACUGAGAAUUUCUGUACUACAUCAGGGUCUCCAGGAUCUCAAAGUUUCCAUGAGGUAGACUGUUUAAAACUGCAGGUCCAGAGCCCAGGGACAGUUUCUCUGGGUGACCUCUAGCCUAAAGAGUAAUUCCUUGCCCACCUCUAACAUCCUGACAAACAAGUUGGAAUGUAUUCACUUAACAAAAUAUUCUCCACCAACCAAAGGACUUAAUAUCACAUAGCGUCUGAGGCCCCUCCACCCCACUUAUCUGCCUCUCUAAUGUUUGCACAAAUGUAUUUUUUAAGCCUUAAUUUAUACUUUCUGUGUUCUGUAACUAUAACAAAAUAAAAAAAAAACAUUAAACUGC